UAAGAGACGUAUAAAGGCAGAGCAAUCACAGGUAUGAAGGUAGCGUAGGUGGAGCAGGGAGAAGGAAGAGAAAACAAUGGCUUCUUCUGCUAAAAGGUGGCUUCCGCUCGAAGCAAACCCUGAAGUCAUGAAUCAGUUCCUUUGGGGACUUGGGCUUGGAGAGGACGAGGCAGAAUGCUGUGACGUUUAUGGCUUAGAUGAAGAGCUUCUGCAAAUGGUUCCUAACCCCGUUCUUGCCGUUCUUUUUCUUUAUCCCAUAACCACCCAGAGUGAAGAAGAAAGGUUGCAGCAGGAAAAGGAAAAAAAGGAAUAUAGCAAUAGAGUGUAUUUUAUGAAGCAAACUGUGGGUAAUGCUUGUGGAACAAUUGGACUGCUUCAUGCUCUUGGCAACUUGACUUCGGAAGUCAAGUUGGUUGAGGGGUCUUUCUUUAAUAACUUCUUUAAAUCCACUGCAAGCAUGGAUCCACUGCAGCGUGCUAAAUUUCUGGAGAAUGACAGAGAAAUGGAAGUUGCUCAUUCAGUGGCAGCGACUGCUGGUGAUACAGAGGCAUCUGACAAUGCUGAUGCACAUUUCAUAUGCUUUGUCUGUGUUGAUGAUGAACUUUAUGAGCUUGAUGGAAGAAAAUCGUGGCCAAUAUCUCAUGGUCCAUGUUCACCGAGUACUUUGUUGAGGGAUGCAGCUAAGGUGAUACAGAGCAUGAUCCAGAAAAAUCCGGAGUCCUUCAACUUCAAUGUCAUCGCCUUAUAUAAGAAAUCCGGGUAGAUAUUUUAAGGCUAUUGAUUGAGGCUUGUUGGGGUUAGUGAGUAUGUUCAGAUUUUACUUUACAUUCCAGAUCAAUAGAAAGCAAGUUUUUUUUUUUUUUUUUUUUUGAAAGUGAACCAAUGUAAAUAAAAUUUUAAAAAGCAAUCCAUCAUUAAAAGCAAUACUCAUUUCCCGA